AGCACGCAGUUAAAACUCCAACGCACGCGCCACCUCUGUGUUCUCCAACACAGUGUGCAGGCAGUGUUCAGGUGCGGGUAAGAAGAGACCCACAACCCGCAAAUACAGCAGGACGACAAGCGACCUGACUGCCUAUCGAUCGAUUAUUAAUUGAUUAUCAUUGACUUAAGCCUGUCUGUGGAUUUGAAAUAUGUCCAGCUGCAUUGGACUGCACUAACGUUAUACCAUACCGGGGUCGGACACACAUUCAACAGCGCAACCAUGCCGUCUCUGCGACACUCGUACACGGUGACUUUACCGGAGGAAACACCGGCCGCUUUCCCCUUAGACAAACCCGAGCUGCGGCGAAAGAGUCCUUCGUUGUCCCGGUCCAAGCUGGUGUCCACAUUCAUGGGUCUAAUCAUCAACCAGGCCAAGAACAAGAGUCCUCAAGGCCUGGUGGGACUGAGGAACCUGGGCAACACAUGUUUCAUGAACUCCAUCCUCCAAUGUCUGAGUAACACUCGCGAGCUGAGAGAUUACUGCCUUAGAAACAUCCAUCGAACAGACCUCAACAACAACUGCACGACCAACGUUGCUCUCAUGGAAGAGUUUGCAAAGCUGACUCAGAGCCUGUGGACUUCUGUGAACAACGAGGCCAUCAGUCCCUCUGAUUUCAGGAGCCAGAUCCAGAGAUAUGCUCCCAAAUUUGUGGGCUGCAAUCAGCAGGACGCCCAGGAGUUUCUGCGUUUCCUAUUGGACGGUCUCCAUAAUGAGGUGAACAGAGUGACCGUACGACCUAAGAUGUCUGUUGAAGACUUUGACCAUCUUUCGGAUGAUGAAAAGGGCAAGUGGAUGUGGAACAUGUACUUGGAGAGAGAGGACAGCAAAGUAGUGGAUCUGUUUGUUGGACAGCUGAAGAGCUCUGUGACCUGCACCGUCUGUGGCUUCCGCUCCACCGUGUUUGAUCCAUUCUGGGACCUAUCCAUACCGGUUGCACAGAAGAGCUCAGGCGAAGUGACUCUCAAAGACUGCUUGAGGCUCUUCACAAAAGAAGAUGUGUUGGAUGGGGAAGAGAGACCGACAUGCAACAGAUGCAAAACCAGAAGAAAAUGCACCAAAAGAUUCAGCAUUCAGAAGUUCCCUCAGAUCCUCGUGAUUCACCUGAAGCGUUUCUCCGACUCUAACAUCCGAACCAGCAAACUCUCCACGUAUGUCAACUUCCCUCUCAAAGAGCUGGACCUGCGGGAGUUCGCCUCAGACAGCAGUGAGCGUGCGGUGUAUAACCUGUAUGCAGUAUCCAACCACUCGGGAAAUGCUCUGGGAGGCCACUACACAUCCUACUGCAAGAACCCGGCGCUGGGGGAGUGGUACAGCUACAACGACUCCAGGUAUCCACUCUCAAAUCUACUCGCAUGUGAUCAUAUUACCAUACCGUCUUAUUAGAUUGGCAGAAAGCUGUCUAAUUAUGCUGUAUGCAGCAGCUGUAAAAUGAUCUCAUUCUAACUGCAUAAACGGGUGUCAACUUUAUGGCUGUUUUUACGUAAAAGCUGUU